CAUAAAUGACUCUGCUCUUGUUGUGGGCUCUCGCUCUCACAGACGGACAGCACCUCAACCUCUGUUGGACCAAUUGACGGGCCCGUCCGUGCGCUGCCCCGCUGAGCGUGUUUUCCUGGGCGGCCUCCGCUCUGCUCUGUGUGCAAGGAGCAACAGACACACAGUCAGCAGCACGAACACUGCAGGACAGAUACGAACAAGUUUGCAAUGGGCUCGUCUUGGGCUUUAGUCAGCUCCACCAUGUUGGUCUUGGUUUUACUGAGCUCAGCAUCCACGGAGAUGGAAGAACCCGAUUCAUUCAUGUAUCAGAGAGAGGUGGACUGGACAGAGCUCUUCGAUCCCAAGGAGUUCCCCAUAGAGCAGGUGAUAGUGUCUCCACCAGAACAGUUUGAUAUCCUGAGUGAGAGAGGGGGCUCCAGACCAGGCGUCUUGACACCAAGGGGGUAUCCCCCAAGGUUUGGGCCCCGUUCUUUUGGUGGUCCUCUCAUGCUGGACUACCCCGUUCAAUUUCCUCCUGGCCGUCCGACCGCUGACAACCUCCAAGCCAUCUGCCUUUAUGGAGGCCGUCGUCCGAGCUACCCAAACUCUUACUUUCCUGCCUCUGGCUUUGGUCAGCAGAGGCGAAGGGCCAGCGCUGUCAAUAACGCAGAGUCCUGGUUUAGCAGAUGCUGCGAAAGGAACCAGACAAGUGAGACAGAUGUGACGCUGUGUUGCGCCACACAGGCGUGGGAGCUGUCGGUCAAAUCCUUCUGUGAGGAAGACUCAUCAGUGAAGGAUCGUCUGUAUCACUGCUGCAGACUAACAGGCAGCGACAUGCUGAACUGCUUCAACAGCGACGCUCCAAACCCAAACUACGAACCAACAGAGGAGAUCCCGUUGCCCCCGCUCCCUUCUACUGCCGAAUUCGUAUUUGACCCCCACUUUUGCCAGAGGACAGUGAUGACUCCAUACAGUGUCCGGUCAAACAGGCGAAAGAAGGAGAAGAAACCAUCUACCUCCCAGAAAAUUGACAUCAACUUUCCUCUUGGACGACCCACCGCAGACACCAUUGAAUCACUGUGUCACAACCAGAACCAACGCCCCCUCUACAGUGUCAAGUGCCUGCCAGGUUUAGGCUAUGAAUUGCUGGCUCAUCAGGCAAAGACCACUAAUCGUAUGGAGAAGGGAUUCAAACAGUGCUGCAAAAAGAAGAAGGAUGUGCUCAACUGUGCUAAUCGGAAGUGGAGUGAAGAGCUGAACAGGUUUUGCUCGGUGAAGGCUGGACAGGUGGAUUUCCACUGUUGUUCGAGUGUUGGGGAAAAUGAUCGAUACGACUGUUUCCAAAACAUUUCUCCCGACCCUCACUAUAAUAUGACUUCUGCCACCGAAGAGCUGUCGCUUAACAAAAUCUGUGACACUCACAAGAUCAUCAAGAAGAGGUUCCCUAUUGGUUUUCCACUCAAAAGCUUUGUUGACCAAUGCUGCCCCCUGUCUGAACCAGACAAGACUGUUUGUUCUGUGCAAAAGAUCGACGAGAUGUCCAGGACCCUGUGUUCAUCAGGGAAGGUUAUCCCUCCAACUGUCCGCCGCUGUUGCCGCCUGUCUUCACAAGAGACUCCACGGUGUAUCUCCAAAAUUCUCAUGGAUGCCGUCACCAAAGCGACCAAUCUCUUACGUCAGAAGAAGAAGAAGAAAAGGUGCCCCAUCUCCUGAACCCUUAUAACGUUUUGCUGCUGACCCUACUGGCAUUGGGCCAUUCAGGGAAAUGGCAAACUAGCAGCAGAGGCUGCUUCCAGUCACGCAACAGGAAAAAUUAUUGCAGCACAAAUCCCACUUAGAGGUUUGUAAGACGAAAAGAAUAUACAAAGUGUGUACUGCAUAUUUUUGUUUGAGAUCACAUGAGAAGCAUUGCUAUCACAAGAAUACAUUUAUGAUUAAACAAAUUUAUUGUGAAAUGCACAAUUUAUAAAACACUGUUAGUGUCACUGUACCACUAUUUUUGUAGCUGCUUUAUACACAUUUGAUAACGAAUCACAUGCAUUUUCUUGAUUCCUUUGGAGCUGCAAGAUCAGCUCUCUUCUUUUUAUAUGGUUUUGUGGUUAAGAUCAUAUCUGCAACAGUUCUAUUAAAAAUAAUUGUAACUUUU